AUGUCCGACGUGUUGGAAUUGUUUUGGGGCAAUGACGAUGAAUUGGAUGCUGCAUCUUCAAGCGUGCCGACAACAACAACCACACAUCAGGAUGAAAGUAAUGUCUCUCAUCGAGUAGCAACAUCUUCGGAGCGUACAGGUUUGAUGUUUAAUCAAACGCAAAGUAAAAGGAAAUUGCCUUCCGAUGGAGAUGGUGUAUCGUCAUGGUCAUCACGAAAUUUUCUGGAAGGUAAAAGUGCAAGUUCAAGAAAUAUUAAUUUGGUGGAAAAUGAUUCAUUGUCGGAAUUUAUUACUUUGAGCAGCAAUAUAAAUAAUGGAAACAUCAAAACGAGAAAUAUUCCAAUGAAAAAAAUCAGUAAUUCACAAGAGGCCGUGCAUAAAUUAUUAUUUUCAAAAAACAAAGAUGACACUUCAGAGAGCGAAGAAGAGUCAUCGGAAAGUGAUGAGAGUGAAGAGGAAACAAUUGGAAAUUUUGUACAAAAUAAUGUCAACAACAAUAAUUUAAAUUCAACAACAAGGGUUUCCACAAUAUCUCUAAAAAGUAGAGAGUCAAAAAGCGAAUCACAUUCCCCUAAUGAUGAAUCAAAUGAGGAAUAUCAUCAACAAGCAAAAAAUACAUCCGAAAAUUUUCGUGACGCAUUGCACCAUGCAAGGAGAUUACAUGAUGAGGAGCAUAGAAACGAAGUUAUUCAACAUGACGAAACAAUUUCAACCGCUUUAAGAAAUGAUGACACGAAUGCAACAGAAGAGAAUAACCAUGUCAAGAAAAAUAACAAUUCUUUACAACAGAAACAUGACAAGCCCCCUAAUAACAAGACAAGCAAAGAGGUACAUACAUCAAGUUCUUCGAGAAACUUUAGAUCCACAAGAAAUACAUUGCAUUUACUGCCUACUGCAUGUCACGAAGUGUUUCCUGUCAAUGAUUUUAUUAUGGAGCAGCAGUUACCAACAUCCUCUCAUCCACUCGAAAAGAGUUAUCACGAUAAGGCGAACACAUUGAAAUUCACGGCAAUCACGCAUCUUACACGCGUAAAACGCGCUCUUGAUAUUAACAAAUCGUGUAUUCAUCACAGAACUAAUCAAUUCAGAGCUACUUGUUUUCCUCUAACUGCAUCCACAAUUUCAACGUUACCAAAACACCAUUCCCUCCGUUCCCUAUACAAAGGUAAACCUUUGUGCUACUACCACCUGUUAGAUUCUUUUAAAUAUGCUGAUAUUGCAUGGCUAGUUCAUGUCACUGGAGCUAAAAUGCACAAGCUUUGUGUGACAUGCAUUGAGAUUGACUUGAACUCGAGUUAUAAGAAGAAGCUCAUAGAGAUGGGUUCUCAAUUUUUCUAUUCUCCUGAGCAAGAAAAUAUUGACACUCAAUCACUUCCAACCAUUCUUCAAUUGACCUGUAGAUCCUCGAAGUCACCCACAUCAACAGCUACAACUAUCAACGCGUCACAGUUUAUUGCAUGUAGAUACUCAGAUAAUAGCAUUCGAAUUUUUGAAUUUUCUUCUACAUUACGGAACGGUCUCGGCAUUAAGCUUGUUGAGACACUUCACUUCACUACACAAACCUCAAAUAUUGUACAUAUAGCAUGGCAACAUGCUAGCAAGUGGGAUAUUUUUCAGCUCUCUAUUCUUUUUAGUGACAAUACUUUGAAAUUUUGGAAUUCUAAGAGGGGACUCAUGGACAUGUCUCAUUCUCUCGAUUCCAAAAUUCCAAGUCUUCCACUGGGUGGAAUAUUUCACAGCACAAUUUGCGAGUUUACGUCUAAUCCCAUGGAGCUCUUCAUUAUUGGAAAUACUGGAAUUUAUAUUUAUGAUAUCCGAGAGAAAAAAUCGAGAUUGCUUUUAGAAAUGGCUGGAAUUACUGCUUUUGCAAGAAAUUAUGAUCAUCCAUACAUGUAUGCGAUUAGCACCCAAAAACGAGUUCUUAUUUAUGACGAAAGAAUGGGAUCACAAGAGCUUGUAUGUUUCAACCUAUCUCCUGAACAUGAUGGUCUUUCUGAAAUGUUUUUCUACAGCCAUUCUGAGAAUGAACUUCUAUUAGUCGGAUACAAAUACCAGCGAGGAAUAAUCUGUUUCCCAAUUGAACCUUCCUCCAUUUUAAUGUCACAAAAAGACAAACCUCUCAAAGCAGAAUUACCAUGGGAUGAUUUAGAGAAAAUAUUUGCCACGAAAUGCAGAGGUUCUGGAAUACCAACGCCACUUGACACUUUUCAUGAUGCUACUCUUCUCAUUUCCCCAAAUUUAAAGCUGUUAGAGAGUACUCCCCACUUUUUAGUUGGUUGCACCAUAAUUCCACCCUCCAAUACGUAUCCCUUCCUGAAAGUUUUUCAUACCAGUGACGGUGGUGAUGUUUUUUGUCAAAAUGUUUAUGUGAACACUACUCAAGUGAGCUUUAAAGGAUCAAGAAAUUAUGAAAAAAAGAAUUCCUCACUCGUUAAGGCUGGAACCGCUUUUGAAAAGCUAUUUAAAUGGAAUCGAAAAGGUUAUCCCUCAAUUUUUGAAAGCAAUGCUUAUUGUGACUUGUAUUCGUUAUUGGCCUUUAACAGACCAACAGGAGAAGAUUUGAGUGAAAACGUUAACAUAGCAUCUCUAGAAUCCAAUCCAAGUGUGCUCACUGUUGAUGCGUCCAAGCUCGUGAAAAUCAUGACUACGGAUACGACACAAUCUUACAACAUUUCCAAUGGCUUCGGAGCAGAGAAAAUUCCAACACCAGAGGAAAUCAAUUUCAUUGUGAAUAACCUCAGAAACAAGUACAAAAAUUGUCACCAGUUUCUCGUAUUUCCACUCAUCAAUGUUCACAGAGAAUUGAUUGAGGAACAUUUUUAUUCAUUCAGCUUGUCACUCAAAACGUUGGACACUAUUUUGACUAGUUCUAAAUGUUUUCACCGAUGGAAAAUUGGAGACGAUCCUAAAGUCUAUUCUGAUAUUUAUUUUGCCUUAACCGAUGAAGAGGAAAAGCGAAUUAAGGGAGAAAUCACUCGUUCGAAACAAUCGAGACAAGAGGCCUCUCAAAACAUUCUCGAUAUUCUUUUUGCUGGACAAGACGACACGAGUGACAAUGAAAAGAAACAAACACAGCUUUUCAAGAAAACGAACAAGACCCAAAAAGAUGCACCUUCAUUCUCCCAACAAUCUGUGCACUAUUCUCAGAAUAAUGACGAUGAAGAAGUUGAUAAUGAAAGCUCCGGUGAUGUUGAUGAUGAGGUGAUUGAAGAAGAAGAGUCCACAGAAAAGAACGACACAUCAGCAACCACUUCGAAGGGUUUAGGCGAGAGCAACGAUGCCCAAGACAUUGUUGACUUUCUUUUGGGUGAAGAAAAUGAUGACGACGACGAUAACGACGAUGAGCUGGCAUUCACGACCAAUGGGAAUGCGAUGCCCACGGAGGAUAGUAGUGAUGAUGAGGAGCAAGAGGUUGUUUUCAGGUCCAUUCCUUCGAAUCCAAACCUCGACAACAUCAAACAACUAAGAAAAGAUUUCCAACUUGACGGUCCUUUUCAAAGAGAUGAAAAGAAUGAAAUUCGGUAUGAAAAUAUUACCGUGAAUAUGGAUCUUUUCCGAAGUGAUUUAGCCAAAUGGUAUAAUAGUAAUAUUUGA